UUAAAGCGGCUAGAAGAAGAGUUAAGAUUAAAGGCAGAAAUAGCUGUAAGUGAUGCGAGAGCAAAGGUCAUAGACGACUUUGAACAGUAUGAAUAUGGGUCAGAGGUCAAGUUUAAACCUGACAUUACAACAAAUGUAAGCACCCCUCUUAAUGAUGUUCUCACUGAUAUUAAUGCUGUUAAACACAAGUGUAUAUACACCCAGCCACAGCGUGAGUUCAACACCUUAUUAACUCCAAAUAAAUCAUCAUGUCAACAACCACUUGCAUCCCCUAAUCAUGGAAAUGGUAAGGUUGAAGUUGAUGUUUUAUCAAAACUUGCUGAUUUGUUAACUAGUAGACAAGAUGAUCUUCCUAGGAAGGAACCAGAAGUUUUUAGUGGCAACAUAUAUGAUUACCCAGCGUGGAUACGAUCCUUUGAGAUCCUGAUUGAAGAUAGGAAACCGUUGGCCACAGAUAGGUUGUAUUACCUCAGAAAGUAUACAAGUGGUGAGGCUAAAACAGCAGUACAAGGUCUACUGACUUUAGACACCACUGAGGCCUACAUUAAGGCAAAACAAAUCCUAGCUGAGCGCUAUGGUAAUCCACUGAUGGUCGCUGACACCUACAGAAAGAAAAUAAAUGACUGGCCAUACAUCAAGUAUGGUAACAGUAUUGAGUUAAGGCGAUUUUCUGAUUUUCUUCAGCAUUGUCAGUCUGCAAUGAAUACAGUUAACUACCUUGUGGUUCUGAAUGAUCCCGAAGAGCAUAGAAAAAUACUUCGAAAGCUACCAAAGUCAAUAGGUGAAAAGUGGUUAAGAAUUGUUGAUGGCUGUUUGACCGAUCCUCUAAACCAGUCAUAUCCUUCCUUCUCUCAGCUUUGUAGUUUCAUUAGCAAAGAAGCACGUAUAGCUUGCAGUCCAUUGAAUGUGAAUUAUGAUGACAGCAAGACAGAAACAAAGACGAGAAGUGGUAAGAAAUGGACAGCUACUAAGAGUUUGGCAACAGCAACAGGAGAAACAAAGAAUACUCAAGGAGACUCAGCCACUCAGACUGGCUUCACUGGUAACCUGAAACGAUGUGUAUUGUGUAAAGAAACACAUGAUUUGGUGUACUAUCCAAUAAAUAAUGAAGAUGUCUCUGUUGAUACGAGUCCUAGGUUGGAAUGUGCCACUUCACACAGAGUCGAGAUAGAUCACCAGAGGGAUUCCUCUUUACCAUGUUCCCAUUCUCUUAUAAUUCCUGUUUUCCUGCACCAUAAGAGCGUACCUAACCAACAAGCCACUGUUUAUGCUCUGUUGGAUCCUCAGUCUGACUCUUGUUUUAUUACAAAAUCUAUGAUGGAGAAGAUAGGCGUAAAUGGUCCAAACAUUCAAAUAAAGUUAUCAACGAUGCUGGCCGAAAAGGUAAUUGAGUGUAACAAGAUAGAUGGACUAGUUGUUAUGAAUAUGGACCGUUCCAUAAAUAUUGCCUUACCAGCAGUCUUCUCUCGAGAAUGUAUACCUGCCAGUCACAGCCAAAUUGCAAGGCCUGAUACAGUCAGCAGAUGGCCACAUCUUAUGCAAGUUUCCAAGUAUUUACCUCCUUUCAGAAAGGAUAUUGAGAUUGGUCUUCUGAUUGGUAUGAAUUGUCCUCGUGCUUUGAAACCCAGGGAGGUCAUACCUGGCGAUGAUGACGAUCCCUAUGCAGUUAGAACCGAUCUUGGCUGGGGCGUCAUUGGUGUAAUGAAUAGUCCAGAUUAUGAUCUGAGUAGCUACUGUCAAGUGAUAAAUACUGAAGGUAAAAGAUGUCACUUCACCUACCGAACCCAAGUCAAGGAGAUUAGCCCCUUACAGGUCAAUAAAAUGUUUGAGCAAGAUUUCAACGAAAGGAAGUCUGAAGACAAGAUAUCUCUGGAGGAUAGACAAUUCCUACAAAUUGUUACAGAUGGAAUUCACCAAAGAGAAGAUGGCCAUUUUGAAAUGCCCCUCCCAUUCAGAGAACCUGAAAUCAGUCUUCCUAAUAGCAGAGCUCAAGCAGAGAAACGUUUACAAAGGUUGAAGUACAGGUUACUAAAGGAUGACCAGUUGAAGACAGACUAUGUUGAAUUCAUGAGUAAUAUUAUAGAUAGUGGUUAUGCUGAAGCAGCCCCUCAUGAUAAAGAACAUGAUAAUGAUUUGAAAUGGUACAUCCCCCACUAUGGUGUUUACAAUCCCAACAAGCCAGGGAAGGUCCGAGUUGUGUUCGAUUGUAGUGUUGAAUAUCAAGGACAAGUGCUUAAUCAUCACCUACUUCAGGGCCCAGACCUCUUAAAUAACCUGACUGGUGUUCUGUGCCGUCUCCAAAAGGAACCUGUGGCAAUUAUAUGUGACAUUGAAGCCAUGUUCAUGCAGGUCGGUGUUGAUAUUAAGGAUCGCAAUUAUUUGGGGUUUCUUUGGUGGAAAGAUGGUGACCUAACCCAAGAACCUUCAGAAUACAGAAUGACUGUUCACUUGUUCGGUGCGACAUCAUCCCCAGCAUGUGCAAACUUUGCAUUGAAAACUACUGCAGAUGUUAAUGAAGAUGAAUCUAAUCUAGAAGCAGCAGAUUUUGUGAGGAAUGACUUUUACAUGGAUGAUGGACUCAAGUCAGUUCCUGAUCCCACCCAAGCUAUCAAUCUGAUCGAAAGUUGCUCACAGUUGUGUGCCAAGGGAGGAUUUAAGCUCCACAAAUUUGCUAGUAAUGAUAAACGAGUUGUCGAGAAUAUCCCUGUUGAUCUGAGAGCCAAGGAUAUUCAGAGCUUUGAUAUUUGUCAUGAUAAUCUUCCAGUGGAAAGAGCACUUGGUGUGUAUUGGUGUUUAGAGUCUGAUAUUUUUCAGUUUCGAAUCAAGAUAAAGGAUAAACCCUUCACCCGCAGGGGUAUAUUGUCUACUGUUAGCUCGAUUUUUGAUCCCCUUGGUUUGGUCUCUCCAGUUUUGCUUAUGGGGAAAAGGAUUUUGCAAAGAUUAACCAAGGAUGGAAUGGAUUGGGAUGAUCCAGUCCCGGAAGAUACAAGAUCGCAAUGGGAAAGGUGGAGGCAUGAGUUGUCUCUUUUGGCUUGUCUCAAGGUGCGUAGGUGUUACAAAGGUGAUGAUAUUGUUGAGCUUAGUACAGUUGAGAUGCAUCAUUUUUCUGAUGCUAGUCUUCUCGGCUAUGGUCAGUGCAGUUACCUGAGGCUACAAGAUAAUCAGGACAGCAAGGUUGUAUUAGGGUACAUUGCAAAUAAGUCUACCCGCUUUCACAUAUUUGUAGCCAAUAGGGUACAGAAAAUUCAAGAUCAUACACAGCCAAGUCAGUGGAGAUAUAUUGAAUCAAAGAAGAACCCAGCGGAUAUUGCUUCAAGAGGUUCCAGUGCAGAUGAUUUAAUCCAUAAUUCUAUCUGGUGGAAAGGUCCAGUACUUCUAUCCACAGUAGAAUCUCAGAGCUCUACAUCGAAGACAGAGCCAUUUAUGCUUGAUAAUGCAGACCCAGAGAUUAAGAAGACGGUAUCAGUUCUGCAUACAAGCACCAUACCAGAUGAAUAUGAAGAUAUGCUGAGUAGAGUAGAGUACUUUUCUGACUGGCAUCGAUUAAAGAGAGCCAUAGCAGUUUGUUUAAGAUUUAAACAGAGGUUAAUAGACCACAAGAUUUCAAAACCGAAAGUACACUUGAUGAAUUCAGCAACGAUUAAACAAAACUACAUUCCCGUGAAUGUGGAUGAGAUGCAACAGGCUGAAAAGCUGAUUAUCAAAAUGGUACAGAGCAGAGACUUUGCCGAUGAGUUACAGACGUUGAGACACAGAGUUCAAGAAUUACAAGUCUUGCCAGGGAGAAUUCUAGAUCAGUACCAACUGUGA